AUGGACGGCAUUACUUCAUCCCCGUUCUUGAAUACUUAUACACAAAGCGCUUUAUCAACUGAAUUACCAAAUACUUCACACUUUGAAAAUACAUCGAAGCAUGUCUCGGAGCAGUUCUUGUUCCUUGAAACAAAGUGGGCUCAAGUGUUUACUGGAUUGGUUGCUUUCACAGCUAUUCUUGUUACCUGUCAUCAAAUCUACUUACAUUUAAUUAAUUAUACAUGCCCAAAUGAACAAAGAUGGGUUGUGCGUAUUUUAUUCUAUGUACCAAUUUAUGCAUUUGAAUCAUGGCUUAGCUUGUUGUUUCUAAAACAUGAAGACUAUUAUGUCUAUUUUGAUUCUGUACGAGAUUGUUAUGAAGCUUUUGUGGUUUACAGUUUCUUAAGUCUAUGCUAUGAAUAUCUCGGUGGAGAAAGUUGUAUCCUGUCAGAGAUUAGAGGUCGUGAAUUACCACGUUCAUGGGCGUUUUGCACAUGUUGCUUUUAUGGUCAAACGUAUACAAUAGAAUUCCUACGAUUCUGUAAACAGGCAACUCUACAAUUUUGUAUCAUUAAACCGUUAACAUCGAUUGCGACAAUUAUUUUACAAGCUAUUGGAGUUUAUAAACACGGAAUUUUCAGUGCUACAAAUGGUUAUUUAUAUGUAACAGUAGUCUACAACGCAUCUGCAUUUGUAGCACUAUACGCUUUAGUGUUAUUCUAUUUGGCUACACGAAGCAUCCUACAACCAUUCGACCCAGCGAUUAAAUUUGCUGUAGUGAAGUCUGUUGUAUUCUUGUGUUUCUGGCAAGGUGUGGUAUUAGCUAUCCUGGAAAAGGCUGAGGUACUGCCAGCUUUACCGAAUACAAACGCUGGUACAGUUGCAGCUGGUAUACAAAAUUUCUUGAUUUGUUUAGAAAUGUUUGCGGCUUCAAUCGCUUUGAGAUUUGCAUUCCCAUCACAAUUAUAUUCUGAUGGCAUUGGCACAGGACCGACAACAUUUAGUGGCUAUGAUAGUCUAGGCGGAGGUGACGUGCUUCAUGAAACAAAGAAACGUGGAUUUUUACCAUCAUCUGAUUCGCUGCGUAGUCUACGGGAUACAUUUAAUCCAAAGGAUAUGCUGAAUGAUGCUAUUCAUAAUUUUCACCCGAGUUAUCAAAAGUAUACACAACAACGUAAUCCAAAGGAUGAUUUCGACGAUGAACCAACUGGUUCAUAUCAAGGUGAUGCGCUUACCGCUUAUAAAGAACAAGACAAUAG